AAUAAGUUACAAAAGAAUAUAAAGAAAUAAAUAUGAGAUGCUACUUUUAAAAUCAGAGAAACUAACGAAUCAUUUCACUAAAAACCCAAGGAUUAAAUAAUAAUUUGCUCUUGUUUUGCUGAUAAAAUGGCAUCGAGGAAAAGAAAAGGAAAAAAAAAAAAAAACGAAAAGACGUUAAGAGAAUCAAACCAGACAAGUCCAAGUAACCGCCAACAACACUGAAAAUUCCCAAACAAAAGGAAAGAAGCAGAGGAAAGAGCGAAACCAUUCAAAGCCAAAGUACUACUCCCUUCCCUGCUCUUAAAUACUGUUAAUGUUAACAGGAUGGAACUCGAAGAUGUGCAUUCUGAUAUCUGUUCCUUGAGAAAAUUAUAUGGACUCCUCCAAGGUAGUCCAGAUGGUAUGCAAAUGGCAGGCUUUUUGGAUGAGAGAGCACGAGUGCUUUUGAAGAAUCUGCUAGAUACUGCUACAGAGAAGGCUUUAUUGGCUUAUUCAAAGAUCAUAGUGGCAGCACAAUUAGGUGUGUCUAACACACCCUACUCCUCUCAAUCAGUGCAGCCCAAGACCAUGCCAUAUUUAGAACCUCCUGUUUCACCCGAUGCAGAGAAUGCUUCUCCAAGUACCAUUCAGAGUUCAAAUGCUAAGACAAAUUUACGUGUAAACAGCGCAUGGAAAAAUGAGCAAUCACUUAUUAAGCCAACAGCUCAGGAUUCAGGGUCAGAGCAUUCCAAAUUCAGUGUCUUAUUAAAAAAACCUGAAGGUAGAAAAAAAUUCUGUCGGGUUUGUAAGCAAAGCAGCAUGAAGCAGCGGAACUCAGACAAGAAUUUAAACAAAGAUGGUGAUCAAAGAGAUCAGCACCGUGAUGAGGCUUGUUGGAUUAAUGGGAAUCCAAAAGGAUCGCAUGAGCUAAAACUGAAGGGUCUCAAAUCAGCAGUGACUUUCAGUGAAGAGCCAAGACGCAAAAGAAAUUCUGAAAUUCAAUGUCAACCAAGUGUGACAAGUUCCGUUUCUUGGGCCUCAAGUUCAUUGGGUUCUAAGUCUGUUAAACUAGGACCUGAAAUUUUAUCUGGUAAAAUUGAUAAGCAUCGAGAGGAUUCAGAAAGUAAUUUCUUUAAAGAAGUUGCAAAUGCAACGAAACUUAGUGAAUCUGGAAUGCCCUCCCCAUCAUUGCAGCUUUAUGGUGAAAAUGCAGAUUCACUUAAAGCUAACAGUGCAGCUUUUGUCCACAAUUUGUCCAUGGCGGAUAAAUCGACAAGAACUGAAAUGCAGUCGAUACAAAGAGAUGGUGCAGCUGCAGUGGGUGACAUGAGCUGUGCUAGGAGACAAAAUGGAGAUGGUUCAGUUGCAAUGGGAGAAACAAACCGUGCAGAGAGACAGAAUGUGAGGGGAAUUGUUGAGAGAAUUGAGUCACUCAAUCGAGCAUCGAGUCAGAAGAACUAUCAAACAUGUCAGUAUGUUAGUGGGUUACAGGUUCCCCCGAGUCAGGGUGAUGUGGUCAAGAAGUCCUCGAUGCAUAGUAUGAAUGUUCGGCAAGACACUCCAUUGCGGAAUCCAUUGGCUCGGCUGGAGAAAAAAUCCACGCCAUCUGUACCAUCAAUACCUCCUUCUGCAGGGUCAAUGGUGCCAUCUCACAAAAGAAACCUGCUUCGUCAGACAUUUAUAAGGCCAACACUGCUAGAUUAUGAUGAUUUUCGCAACAGAAUCACCCCAAAGAGAUCUUAUGUUGACUCACAAGAAGAGUUAGAUGAGACAACCAGCUCAAGUUCAAACGGUCGCUUGCCGGACUUGUCAGAUGAGAGAGCUAGCUCUAGCUCUAACCCCCACUCACCAGAAUUGUCAGAUGCCACAGCCAGCUCAAGCUCUAACUCUCGCUCAGCAAUAAAGUCAUACGAGACAGCCAGCUCCAGCUCUAGUCCUCACUCUUCCUACAGCUGGACAAGUCAGCAGCAGACAACAGGCAGCAGCAGAGGCAGCGAUGAGGACCCUGAAGAUUACUAUGAGCGUGGGGAUCCCCCACCUAGAGUAAAGGGACCAAGUACGAGGUACAGAUCACCAAGCCAUAAGAAGAAAGCAACCGGACGACUUAGGGGGCUAAAAAACAAGCUGGGACUCAUUUUCCACCACCAACACCAUCACCACCACCACCAUCAUCAUGAUGACAAUGAUGGUGAGAAGGCCCCCACCAAAUCCAUGUGGAAGAACUUGCACAAGAUGUUUCAAAACAAAGAGUUGAAGCAUAAUGAUAAGGCAUAUCAGAAAAAAGCAGUUGAGAAGUUCGGAAAAUCUGUAGUGGUAAGUAACAAGAAGCAUAAGGCUGGACAUUUUCAUGAAUUGGUUAAAGGGUUGAUGAAGCAUUCUAAACAUUCAAAGAAAUCAAAGCCUUCCAAAGGCGGGAUCGGACGCCAUUUAGGACGAGUCCAAAAUGGCCAUGACAAUAAGCAUUGGUGGAAAAUGUUUCAGAGCCAUCGACGAGGAGUAAAGCUGCCCAACAGAGGGCGUGUUAAACUAGGAAUUCCCAGAAAGAAGAAGAAACCCCGGCUAAAAACCCUGAAAUAAGAUUACAUAGCAACAUGUACAAACAAACUCAACUCAAUAGUAUAAAAUUUUCUUAAACAUGAAGCAUCUC